GGAGCGAUGGGGGGACCGGCUUUUUGCUGUGAUCAGUGUUUUCAUCAGUAGACUUGUUCUUCAGCUGCUGUGUUGUGGGGAUUGCAGACAUUCUGCCACUCGCGCUCUCUUUCAUACACACACACAAACUUGGAUUCUCUGCCCGCACACACACACACACUCUCACACACACACACACACACACACACACACACACACACACACACACACACUGCUAAUCUGUGUGUGCCGCUGUGGCAGUAUGGCAAGAUGCUGCUGCGGUGUGACAAGCGUGUCAGGUGUGUAUGAGACGGGGAUCCACGGGUGUUGAUUCUCAUGCACACUCUGACACACUCACGCUUUGUUUUGAUGCCCGGUGCCUCUGACAGGCUGAGGGACACACAGCAGGCCUGGCCAGGAGCCCUCCAUGCCAUGGAAGAAUGCAAGCAGAUCAUGGCAAGGCAGAAGUCUAACAGCCAGUCGGACUCACACGAUGAUGAGGUUUCUCCCCCACCACCCAACCCUGUCGUCAAGGCCCGGCGCCGCAGGGGAGGGGUCAGCGCCGAGGUCUACACUGAGGAGGAUGCCGUCAGCUACGUUCGUAAGGUGAUCCCGAAGGACUACAAGACCAUGACCGCCUUGGCCAAGGCCAUCUCCAAGAACGUGCUAUUUGCUCACCUAGAUGACAAUGAGAGAAGUGACAUAUUUGAUGCCAUGUUUCCAGUAACUCACAUUGCAGGGGAAACAGUGAUCCAGCAAGGCGAUGAAGGAGACAACUUCUAUGUGAUUGACCAAGGUGAAGUGGACGUGUAUGUGAACGGGGAAUGGGUGACCAGUAUUGGAGAAGGAGGUAGUUUUGGAGAGCUGGCCCUGAUCUAUGGGACUCCCAGAGCUGCCACCGUCAAGGCCAAGACUGAUCUCAAACUGUGGGGCAUCGACCGAGACAGCUAUCGGCGCAUCCUCAUGGGCAGCACACUGCGGAAGAGAAAGAUGUACGAAGAAUUCCUAAGCAAGGUCUCCAUCCUUGAGUCUCUGGAUAAAUGGGAACGUUUGACGGUGGCCGACGCUCUGGAGCCCGUUCAGUUUGAGGAUGGAGAGAAGAUAGUGGUGCAAGGAGAACCUGGUGAUGACUUCUUCAUUAUAACAGAGGGAAUAGCCUCUGUUCUGCAGCGCAGGUCUGACAAUGAGGAGUAUGUGGAGGUUGGACGCCUCGGACCCUCUGACUACUUUGGUGAAAUCGCCCUGCUGUUGAACCGCCCCAGGGCAGCCACCGUAGUCGCUCGCGGCCCACUCAAGUGUGUGAAGCUGGACCGACCCCGCUUCGAGCGAGUGCUGGGGCCGUGCUCAGAGAUCCUCAAGAGGAACAUCCAGAGAUACAACAGCUUCAUCUCCCUCACCGUGUGAUGAGUCGGCCCCUCUGGGCACCACCAGCAGGGGUGGGCAGCAUCAGCAUCAGAGUUUUGGUCCGUGGGUGGGAAGAGGUGAGGAUGUGGGGGUACAGGACACGGGUUUUACAUCCACAAUGACAGGCCGCUCAUUUGCUGCCUUUUCUUAUUUUUCUUAUUUUUUUUUUUCCUUUUUGCGCGUUUCUUUCUUUGAUCUUGUGCACUUUGACUUGACCUGUGCUGUCACGUAGCUUUAUGUCAAAAACAACAUGCAGGGGUGUGAAAUGGGAGUGAGGACCGGGAUCAUUUGACUGUGCGUGAGUCAUGUAUGCAAGUGUGUCAGCCGUGUGUGAUGCAUGCCUCUAGAACGGCAUUUGCACUUCCAUGAAAUUACGAAGGUUACGGAUGAAUUCAGGAGAUAAGAAGGAAGUAAAGUCAUGUGUACGUACAGCAGGAGGAAGUGGGAACACGUUUCUUUGCUCGCUGGCUGUGGUUUGCCUUUUUUUUGUCACUACUUGUGGGCGUGCGUGGUGCCACUUCUAGGUCAAAUCCGACCCGCAAUGCACAGACCUCUGUUCCCUAAAGCGUAGAUUUAGAGGUAUGAAGUAAAAAAAAAAGAUUCUUGGCUGUUUCGUUCAUUUUGAGUGCUUCUUAAAUGUGCUUUUUACUGCUGUUAUCAGUUAGGGGAUUGUUACAGGUAGCGAUAUGUUGAGUUGUUAUUUUAUGUGACUUUUGUCAGCCAAAAUCAAGCAACGAGCUGCUUUUUUUUUCUUUUUCUUUUUCUUUUUCUGAAGAAAUUCACGCAGCAGUUCCGUGUGAUCUGUGAGCCGCGGUACUCCAAAGGCACAGCUGUGUUAUCAGUCUAUGUAGUUCUGAAGCACACGAUCUGAAACAAGUCUUUUCGUCACCUGACACUGUGGCCAUAUUUGUUUUUUUGUUUUGUUUUGUUUUUGUCUUCCACUUUGGAAACUAAAUCCAAAAUCGUUAACACUGAGUAAACAGAACCUCACCGUAGAAACAUGGAAUAUUUCGUGUGACUACUCUUAAGAAAUAACUUUUUAAAGAUAAUAUUUAUUGAUAUAAGAGCCUGAAAUUUUUGCCUGACACAGCCAAUAUUUAUCCUGUACUUGGCAGGUGGCAGGUUGUAAUUUCAUUCCCUGCUGAAACACACUGACAUGAAAUGAAACACACACCCAUACUGUAAAUGCUUACACCGUCUCAGGACACACACACACAUACAGACACACACACACACGUCUUACCUGAUGCUUUUUUAACCUCAUUUUUGUUCAAUGUGAAAUUGCUAGAUGAAAGCUUUUUGCACCACCUUUAGAGUUUGUAUCGUUGGGUCAAUACAGACGUUUGAUUUAGCUGUUUUUAAAGACAUGACUUAUGUGUUAUGAAUAUAUAAAAGAGAAGAGGUAGAACAAUAUACUUGUGUUGCUUUCCUUUCAUCUACUGUAAUUUGUCAAUGUUGCACAACCGACCCAGCGGUUUAUGUUGUACAAAACAGGACCUUAAGAAAAGAAUCUUUCUGUAUUCUCCCUGUAUCUUCUUUCUUUCGACUAUCAAACCAUCUUGAGCAAAUAAAGAUAAGCUUCUGAAAUCC